UCUUCUUGCCUUAGUUUGCAAGCUUGUACAUGAACAUCCCUUGCUUGAGCUGCCAAGAAGAUCAAUGGCCACCAAGUUACUCAAGCUCCUCACCGUUCUCUCUCUAUCCCUCGCCUUAUUGCACUCUCAAACGUCGGUUUCUUCCUCCUCAGCCACCAUUCUGGAAGAUGACGAUGAUCAGGAAGAGUACAUCCUAGACGCACCAUUUGCACACACUCAUUUGAGAAGCCGGUUCUUGGCCAGCGUCAAGAAAGGCUCAAGUUGCAACUCUCAAAAGAAGAACAAAUGCAAUGGUGUGUGGGCAAACGGAGGAACAAGUCUUCUCUACUGCUGCAAAAAUCAUUGCAGGAAUGUGCUCGGAGACGCAAACAACUGCGGCCGAUGUGGGAGCAAGUGCAAGUUAAACGAGAAGUGCUGUGGUGGAAGAUGCAUUAAUGUCAUGUACGACCGUUACAACUGCGGCAAGUGUGGUGGAAGGUGCAAAAAGGGCCUAAAAUGUGGCCAUGGAUACUGUGGCUACGCUUAAUCACGCAUUCACACCCCAAUAAUGCAUGUGCGUGCAUGCACGAAAUGAUUUGGGGAAGAAUUUGGAGUCUUUUCCCUUGGAAGGGGACUUGUUACCUUAAAGGGAUCGACCAUAUUGGACUGGAGAGUAAGACAUGGAUCUCUUCAGCUUUUCUCUAUUGCAUUAAGAUGGCAUGAACGACCAGUUCAUGAACGGUCAUACAGUCGGUAGAUUUUUGCAGAUGCUGGAAUUUUGAUGAUUUUUUGUAUGUAAUACUCUUAUACUUGCAUACAUAGUGGUUGAAUAAUGGGGGUUUUAAUUUUUCUUUUUCUACUUUUGUUUAUUCCCGUUGCAUUUGUUUGUUUCUUCUACCUCACUUCAGAUUUGAGUACAUGAUGAUAACUGAAGGAGAGGAUGAAAAGAGCAACGAUAAUGAGGUUCCAUGGUCGGGCAUUUCAUUUCACUUUUACGAUCAUUUUCCUCGA